GUGAAAUCUGACCAGUGGGAGGAGGAGUCUGUCUGACGUCACGAUGACACCACCGGAAGCUGUCAGCUGUUAGCAGGAGAAACACAUCAGCCUCCAGCGAUCAAAGCAGCGGUCAUCUCACUCUAGCACAGGAUGUCAGCUUACCCCAAAUCCCACAAUCCUUUCGCCGAUGAUGACGAAGAAGAGGACUCGAAGCCUCGGAGGGGCUUUAACUUUGACGAGGAUCCGGAGGAGAGUUCUCUGAGUCCGGCGGAGAGGCGGCAGAGACAGCUGCAGCAGGAAGUGAUGCGCACGGCGCGGUCGGCCGUGGACAGCAGCCACCGCUCGCUCGGACUCAUCUACGAAUCGGAGAAGGUCGGAUCCGAGACGGCGGAGGAACUGAUUCGUCAGGGUGAGGCUUUGAAGAGGACCGAGAAGAUGAUUGACAACAUGGAGCAGGACAUGAGGACGAGCCAGAGGCACAUAAACACCAUCAAGAGUGUGUGGGGGGGCAUGGUCAACUAUUUCAAAGGCAAACCUGAACCUCCCAAACCUGCUCAGAAGGAGCAGCCCGUGUCCUACGAGGCCAACAGCAGGUUACAGAACGCGCUUGCGGAGAGCAAACAGCAGGAAGACAAAUAUCAAGCCAGCCAUCCCAACCUCAGGAAACUGGACACCGCUGGAUUCGGAGCGUCUGCUUCGCUGGAUAACGGGCCGUCCGAUCAGAACGGGUAUCCCAAGAACAAACAGCUGCGGGCCGCCCAUCAGCAGCUGGACAGUAACCUCGAUGAAAUGUCUCUGGGUCUGGGUCGCCUGAAGAACCUGGGUCUGGGGCUGCAGGCCGAGAUCGACGACCAGGACGUUUCUCUGGACGCUCUGCUCAAUAAGGUCGACACGAUGGACGGCAAGAUCGGCUCCACCAACCGGCAGCUCAAAAACCUCAAAUAGACUCCCAGAGUGAUGUCAUUUCCUGGAGGCGUGGCCGAGGCGAUCCGAAACACCUGCUUAGAAACCUUUCUGGUGUGUGUGUUAUGCAUAUGAGAACAGAUGAGGAAAAACACGGGGUGUUUUAUUGAGAAGUUAAGCACUCGUUUCAAUCCUGCCUUCAGUUAAUCCUCACUUAUUUGAACUGGAUUGUGCAUAAACAGAUUAAGAGAUUAAAAUGUUAGAGACUUCAGCCAUUUCAGUCGAUGCUUUCUGAAUCACCAAACACCUUGCACUCCUUAACUGAACACAACUGUACUAUGAAGUAGUCUAGAAAUGAUAUUCUGCCUUCAUCAGACACUUGAUGCAUCCUUGUUUUCCACAUUAACGGAGUACCGUGUAUACAGCUUAUCAGAGACAUACUGAGCUGCCUUAAAGUUCAUUGAUUUCAGAUAUCGAUUGUCACUAUACAAAAUAUCCACUUUGAUAUUUUUGUUAUUUUCUUUUUCAUUCAGGUUUAUAUUAGGGUGGCUCUGUAUGAAAUCUGUGAAUGUUUCACUAUUGUUUCUGCAUCUGUAAAUCAAAUGUAGUACUCCUAUUAAAGCUGAAUGUGACGUAUGUGAACAUAAAA